AUGGCUCCCGCAAGGUCAGGAAAGUCGGAAGAAGCCCUCUGGAUUCAGAGGCGACGGAAGCGCCUCCGCAGGUGCCUGUGGGCUCUGGGUUUCGGGAGCGGAGGCCGGAGGCGCGCCGGUUGCCAGGCGGGGCGGCCGAGGCAGUCGUCGCCGCGGGCCCAGGAGGCGGGCCCGGGACAGCCGCCGCCGGAGCUGCCGCUGUUCCCGCCGCCGCCGCCACCGCCGCCGACCCCCGCUGCCACUCUGCCCGACCUGGGCGACCAGCGGGAGCGCUGGGAGACGUUCCAGAAGCGACAGAGGCUCACCUUCGAGGGCGCCGCCAAGCUGCUGCUGGACACCUUCGAAUACCAGGGCCUGGUGAGGCACACAGGGGGUUGCCACUGUGGAGCGGUUCGCUUCGAAGUUUGGGCCUCGGCCGACCUGCACAUCUUCGACUGCAACUGCAGCAUUUGCAAGAAGAAACAGAACAGACACUUCAUCGUCCCGGCUUCUCGCUUCAAGCUCCUGAAGGGAGCCGAGAGCAUAACCACGUACACGUUCAACACGCACAAAGCUCAGCACACGUUCUGUAAGAGGUGCGGCGUCCAGAGCUUCUAUACGCCGCGCUCCAACCCUGGAGGCUUCGGAAUCGCCCCACAUUGCCUGGAUGAGGGCACCGUGCGGAGCGUGGUCAUUGAGGAGUUCAAUGGGACCGAUUGGGAAAAGGCCAUGAAGGAGCACAAGACCAUCAAGAACAUGUCUAAGGAGUGAGCUGCCGCUUCUCCCUCCCCGAAAAGGAGGCCCGGAGGGAGGGAGCCGGCCGCCGUGCUGGCCCCGCUGCGCGCAGGGGGUGCCCAGGGGCGUGGCUGACCCAGGCCGCCCGUCCAGCCGUCCCGGCAGCCCCGCUGCGCUCAGUUUGCUCAGCUAGCAACUUCUUUACCAGCUCUUUGUCCUUUCAGCCCAGAUUUUGAUGUAGGCUCGUCGACGUCCUUUCCCUUCUCAACUUUUGUGUCAUCUUUUAGAAAAAUAAAUAUUUUUAACAUGAAAGCA